GACAGGUCAUUUUAAUAGGACAGGGCUCCUUUAAAAUAACACAUGAAGAAGCCACAUCAGGCUGUAAUGAAACAGAUCAUUAAGUAAAUGAGAUGCCGGAUGUCAUGGAUGAGCAGGGAUGAUACAUGUCCUUUCUAUCCUCAAUUCAAUAACAUAAAACCCAUCGCAAUCUGAGCAGUUUUAGGUCAUUGGUUAAAAUAGUAUUUUACAUACAAAUGCUUUGCUACGUUCAUUUCCAAUCAGAUGUCUUUCAUGUAUAAUGAGAGCAAUACAGUUCCCAUCCGAGAUGGAGAUGAAAGGAAGGAAAUGAUGGAUUUGCCCACCUGUCUUCUUCACUGGCAUUCUUACAUGCAACUCUCCGGCUGGCACUGGCUUCUACAAUCAAAGCCGCACAGAUCUUUAGUUUAGAAAUAUCUCAAUAAGCCAAUUAGAGUGCAACGCUGAGGAGCCCACGUCCGACAGAUAGGAAUGUGUGAGUAGCUAAUGCCCGGGCAGGGGCAAUUAUCAGACUAUCCAGUAAAUCCAGGCACAAGUAUAAAAAAAUCAAUUGGAAUAUUCCUAGAACUCUUCUUAUCGCUGAGAAUUCACUGCCUGGGAGGAAAAAACAAUGUAGAAAAAUAUGAAUGCCCUCUGGGUAGAAAACUGCUCCAAAAAACAACUUUAUAAAGUCAGCGAGUGCAAAGGCAGUGAUCUCUGGCUGGCACACCAGUGGGUACCCCUAGAUUAUAUACCACGAAGCUGAUGAUUCAGGGUGCCAGGGGGCUUAAACGUCAGGCUGCACUGGCACACCAGCGGGUACCCCUAGAUUAUUUGCCACGAAGCUGAUGAUUCAGGGUGCCAGGGGGCUUAAACGUCAGGCUGCACUGGCACACCAGCGGGUACCCCUAGAUUAUAUGCCAGGAAGCUGAUGAUUCGGGAUACCAGGGGGUUAAUCAGGCGGGUACCCCUAGAUUACAAAGAAGAUGAUGAUUCAGGGUGCCAGGCUGCAGGGCACACCAGUGGGCACCCCUAUAUUAUAUGCCAGGAAGCUGAUGAUUCAGGGUGCCAGGGGGCUUUAACUCCAGGCUGCAGUGGCACACCGGCGGGUACCCCUAGAUUAUAUGCCAGGAAGCUGAUGAUUCAGGGUGCCAGGGGGCUUUAACUCCAGGCUGCAGUGGCACACCAGCGGGUACCCCUAGAUUAUAUGCCAGGAAGCUGAUAAUUCAGGGUGCCAGGCUGCAGGGCACACCGGUGGGUACCCCUAGAUUAUAUGCCAGGAAGCUGAUGAUUCAAUGUGCCAGGGGGUUGAACUCCAGGCUGCAGUGGCACACCGGCGGGUACCCCUAGAUUAUCAGGAAGAUGAUGAUUCAGGGUGCCAGGCUGCAGGGCACACCAGUGGGCACCCCUAUAUUAUAUGCCAGGAAGAUGAUGAUUCAGGGUGCCAGGCUGCAGGGCACACCGGUGGGUACCCCUAGAUUAUAUGCCAGGAAGCUGAUGAUUCAAUGUGCCAGGGGGUUGAACUCCAGGCUGCAGUGGCACACCGGCGGGUACCCCUAGAUUAUCAGGAAGAUGAUGAUUCAGGGUGCCAGGCUGCAGGGCACACCAGUGGGCACCCCUAUAUUAUAUGCCAGGAAGAUGAUGAUUCAGGGUGCCAGGGGGUUGAACGUCAGGCUGUAGUGCCACACCAGCGGGUACCCCUAGAUGCCAGGAAGCUGAUGAUUCAGGGUGCCAGGGGGCAUGAACUCCAGGCUGUAGUGCCACACCAGCGGGUACCCCUAGAUGCCAGGAAGCUGAUGAUUCAGGGUGCCAGGGGGUUGAACUCCAGGCUGCAGUGGCACACCGGCGGGUACCCCUAGAUGCCAGGAAGCUGAUGAUUCAGGGUGCCAGGGGGUUGAACUCCAGGCUGCAGUGGCACACCGGCGGGUACCCCUAGAUGCCAGGAAGCUGAUGAUUCAGGGUGCCAGGGGGCAUGAACUCCAGGCUGUACUGGCAGACCAGUUAGUAGCCCCCCAUAAAUAUUUCCCAGGAUGCCCAGCUGGGCUGACACUCAGGGUGCCAAGUGCAGGCUGGCAGUGUGCUCAGAUGGCAGAAAUGCAGUUAUCCUCGGUGCAUACCCUCCAUGUGCCAGGGUGCCGGUAGUGCCAGGGGCUCAGUGCUGCCCAGUGGGUGCCGGGCACCCAGGCAGAGAGGGGAUUAGGUGAGGGAGCCAAUCCCAGGCGGGGCACAGGGGGGGGCGGGGCAUGGUGCCGCUAAUCCGGCCGGUCCCACACACACUCAUGCCCGGUGCAGGGUACGAGCUGCCCGUACAGACCGGAGCCCCGGCUCAAGCUCCCGGCUGCCAUGUGAGGUCACCGCUGCGCGUCAUGUGACAGGCAAGAUGGCGGCGCCCAGGGAGGAACGCGGAGUGUGAGGAAUAUCAGAAAGUCGGAGAGCACAAGCAGCACAGAGAGUGACCCCCUCAAGAUGAAUUCACCCAUGAAGGUUACGAGAGAAAACAUUGUUGAGUUCCUGGCCGAAAGGUUCAAUCGGCUCCCAGAAAAUGAGAGGAAACUCUUUACCUACGGAUCCAUUUACAUGGGAAUAAACAGCGCAUUCGCCGGCCUCAUAGCCAAUAGCCUGUUUAGGCGCAUCCUCCACGUCUCCCAGGCUUGGGUCUCAUCCAGUUUACCGAUGGCGGUUUUGCCGUUCCUGACUUCGGUGGCGCUGUACAACGCUACGGUGACCACCCCCAUGCUUUCAGGUGACCUGAAUUGUGCCACCUGUACCGUAGUGAGGGGUGGAUUGGUCGGCACCGUUGCUGGAGGCCUGUACCCAAUUCUUUUGGCUUUGCCUGUGAACGGAGGACUUGCUGCCCGGUACCAGACAACCCCUUUGCCAGAGAAAGGGAACAUCUUGCGCUUCUGGACCACCGUAUCCCGGCCAGUCCUGAGAAAGAUGAGCUUCGUCUUGAUCCUUCAGGCCAUGUUUGGUGUUUACAUCAGCACCCGCCAUUAUGCAAUAUACGAGCAAAUGCUGAAGUUGCCGCCCCCUGGGACUGACAUGGAGGAGUUGCCACAGUAAUUGUUUUGUAUAUAUAUAUAUUUGCAAGGGGCUGUCUAAAAAGUGAGAUAAUAAACUUGUAUGUAAACAUUA